AAAAACUCUGCAGCGGAAUCUUCACUGAGCCCCUCCGUGUACAACAAAGGGCAAUGUCAGUUGACCAAUGGGUUCAACAAUACAUGAAAGGGUUACAGCACAGGAAAAAUAUAUCUGUCAUGCCUACCUUGUUAAAUUAUUUUUCUCAGCAGCAACUAGAACAACACUUGACCACAGGUUUAAAAAAAAGGGGAAUGACCUAUCUUCCAUACUUGAUACAUUACACACAGACAAGGAAAUCACUGUGCUUUUGGUCAUUUCCUGAUGUCUUAGUCACGGGAGAAGUAACAGAUGAGCAAAAACGGCAGACUGUACUUGAGUCAUUCUGGGACGAUGCUAAAUCCCUGUUAACUGAUACCUUUAGCAUUUAUGUAAGCAAACUGCGUACUGCUUUUCCAGGAGCAGCCCCAAGAUUUGUCAGAACAAUAUGCCAGAGAGUGAAAACAGAGCACAAGUGGUAUCCUCAUGUUCUCGCUUGUGUGGCUCUUGUAGUAUUACAACAUCAGAAAUUCUAUAUUGAUUAUAGAAGUAUCCAGAAGAUCAGAAUAGCCUGGAAGCCAGCUGUGGAAGCUCUGUGUAUAGCAGGACUAGCCAAGGUGUCCAGUGGUAACCAACCAGUCCAAAUGAUGGGAUUUGAGCCUAGUCCAGAACUGAUGAACAUUCUAGCACAUGAACAUUACAUUGCUCAGUCAUUGCCAGUGACUAAGGGCACUGUAGCUGUCCGUGCUGAUUUGAGUGGCAUGCUGGAAGAACUUGAUGCUGUUGUUACAUCUGAUAAUGAGGAGGCAGAAGCUUUACAAGAAAUCCAUCCACCAUUUACAGGUCCUUGGAAAUUAAUAGAGAUACAUUUAUUGGAGGAAGUUACAUCUCUUCCACAUUCCACACAGCUGGAGAAGUAUCAUAUUUUUACAAGAAGGAUGAGGAAGAAUCACAAUAGGCAUCCACGCUCUUGGGUUGGUUUCAAAAGGAGGAUUGAUAGAACUCGGCACCAAACCCAGAACAACCCGGUUUCUGUAGUUAGCUGCUGGUUUUCUUCAACAAUCCACAAGCAAUAUAUCAUGGAUCAGCGAUUCCUGCAUGGUCUGAUUUUGAACAGACAACCACUCUAUCCUGUCUGUAGAACUUUGGCACAUUCUGGAUAUGGAAAUUUAAAUGAAUGUUAUCUAUAUAAUUCUUCUAACCCUAACUCUUUUUACAAACACAGGGAAUCUGUGAUGAGAUUAAUUUAUUUUUGUGGUACUUGUAUAAAAUGUAUUUUAUUCAAUACACUGUAAGUGUUACUUGUACUUAUAACAGGUUGCCUGACUGUACAAUUAAGGUGUUACCAAUAAUGAAUAAAAAACAUAAUCUUUAUAUCUUCUUUCUUAAAAUGCCCCCAGCUCAUUUAAUCUCGGGUUUGUAUUAUUUUUUUGACUGAUAAAAAUGA